AUAUAAAAGCAACAUCUGUAACGCAAUCUUCGAAAUUGACUAUACCAGAAGAAAUAGCCAAAUUCGAUGCAGACGUAUCUGAUACUGAUUCCAACCUUAACAUCGAGCCUUUACCGAUACCACAAUGGCGACCAACUACUCAUCUACAUAAGCUACACACACGAUUC